GAGUGAAUCAACAAAAUAAAGACGGAAGCGAACAUGGCGGACGUUCAUCGUCUUUGCCAAGAUGGCUUUGAUUCCGCGACUAGAGCUGUAGAGUGUGACAAGCAAGGAAAUGCGAGGUCUGCCUACUUUUUCUACACCAUGGCUGCUGAAUCACUUAUGAAAGCUAUGUCAUAUGACAAUAGUUUGGAUUUACGAGGCAAAGCUCUGCAAUACCUAGAGAGAGCUCAAACACUCCGUGAUCAAGAUGUUGAGCAAGCUCAAGGUCCACUUAAGACUUCGAAUCAGUGUGACUUUGAGAAGGCAGAAUUUAUGCUUAAGCAAGGUUUACAUGAAGACGAGAUGGGUCACCAGGCAGCAGCCUUACCUUUAUAUGCUGAUGCCGUCGAGCUCUGUCUCAAAAUAGCCCAGAGUUUGACAGACUCUGAUCCCAUGAAAAGUAAAUUUCACAAGCUUGCCAGACAAGCCAUUGAAAGGGGUGAACACAUAAAAAAAUUGGAAUCAAGUGUGACUCUCAGACAAGAUCAACCAGCUCCCAAAUCUUUGAAUGUUGCAAAGCCAACCUUCUUAACUGAUGAGUCCUCAACCCCUAUUCCUCCUUCACCCUCGGAUGGUCGGCCUAUCCUAACACCAGAGGAAAAGAAAGUGCUCAGUAUUACCUCAAAGAUCAAUGGUAAGCUUUAUGUUCCAUGGAUGGAUGUUGAUCUGAAGGAGAGAUUUGCAUAUCCUGAUUAUUUUGUGGAUAAGGAUGGUCUCCUUCCUUUGUCUCCAAAGCAAAAAGCUCAGUUUUCCAAGUGGGUCAGGCCAACAGAAAUAUAUGAAAACCCAGAAAUGAUCUAUGCAAUAUCAAGCUUUAACGUCAAGCAGACAAUAUUGUCUGACUGCUCGUUUGUGUCCUCGCUUGCCAUCAGUGCUGCGUAUGAAAGAGACUUCAAGAAACAGCUUAUUACAAGGAUCAUUUAUCCACAAAACAAAAUUGGCAAGCCUGUUAUCAACCCAUCUGGGAAGUACAUGAUUAAACUGAAGUUAAAUGGAGUUUCUCGUAAGGUCAUCAUAGACGAUCUUUUACCAAUGGGUAAAGAUGGGAAACUACUUUGCGGUCAUUCUACCAACCGAAAUGAGAUGUGGAUAAGCCUGGUAGAGAAAGCUUACAUGAAGGUGAUGGGUGGGUACGACUUUCCUGGAUCAAACUCGAGUAUCGACCUCCAUGCGCUGACUGGAUGGAUUCCUGAGCGAAUGUCUCUUAAAAAAAGCAAUUCUGAAUUCAAUGAGGCCACUCAGUUUGAUCGACUCAUGAUGGGUUUAAGGCAAGGGGACUGCCUCAUAACUGUCGCCACUGGAGUGAUGUCUGAGGUCGAGGCUGAACGUGCAGGCCUGGUACCGACACAUGCGUACGCCAUUCUUGACAUGCGAAAAGUGAAUGGAAUCCGUCUUCUUCAGCUGAAGAACCCCUGGAGCCAUUUGCGAUGGAAGGGAAAAUUUUCAGAGCGGGACAGCAAAAGCUGGACACCUGAGCUAGAACGAGCGUUAAACUACGACCGAAAAAGCGCGAUACAGUUCGAUAAUGGUGUGUUCUGGAUUGCAUGGGAGACGCUUCUUCACUUCUUCGAUGUCGUCUACAUGAACUGGAAUCCACGGUUAUUCGAGUAUAAAUUCACGUAUCACUCGACAUGGGCGGCCCAAGAGGGUCCUAAAAAAGAUGCUUAUAAUGUGGGUGACAACCCACAGUAUCGGCUAGAAAUCAUCGACUCACCAAAACCGGCGACAGUAUGGAUUCUUCUUACUCGCCACAUAACACGCAAGGAUGACUUCGCUGAGAACAAAGAGUUCAUCACAGUCCACGUAUACAAAUCAGACGGCAAACGAGUCUAUUACCCAGACAACCCUUUCGUCGAAGGGACCAAGAUCAACAGCCCUUUCUAUUUGUCAAAAGUGAACGUGUCGUCAGGAAAAAGCCUCUUCACGCUUAUCAUCUCCCAGUACGAAAAGUCAACAACUAUCCACUAUACACUUAAGGUGUUUUCUUCGGCAAAGUUUAGGCUCUCUCCAGUGAUCGAUCCCUACAAAUACGAAAAGAAGAUCAACGACAGCUGGACAGCAAGUACCGCGGGCGGAUGCCUGAAUUACCCAACAUUCAAAAAGAACCCUGUGUUUGCGCUUGGGCUCAAGAGCGGGCCAGCGGAAUUGCUUAUUAAGAUUCUAGCCCCCAAGCAGUUCUCUAUCGGUGCAGUCCUCAGAUCAGUAGAACUCGGCCCGUCGGGUAAACCAGUCUUUGAGGCUGUUGACACGUACAGACCCGGCUUUUUCAUGUACCGGCUAUCCAACGUGCCCUCGGGCUCAUAUCAGCUGAUUCCUUCCACAUUCUUGCCUGACCAGUCGGGCCCAUUCUUCCUGACCGUGGCCUCUAGUUGUCCGAUGUCAUUAUCCAGAUUAUGACGACUAGAAAUGCCCCAAGAUUCCUUGCUGUUCCAAGUUAGAUUCAACAUAUUUGAGGGCAUGGUCUAUAGGAUAAGGGACGAAGAAAAGGUCUCUGUAAAGACAGAUUUUUGCUGCCAAUAUCUUAGUGUAUGUCGCAGUUUCAAACAAAAAGAUAAAUGGCCAUCGGCCCUAUAGAUAAAAAUAAUGUUUCAAGAUGAAUGUACAUUUUUUUUUUACAUGUAAAUAUUUGAAUGACACAGAUACGCCCUGGAUUUUUUAAUGGAUUCGUGAAGAAGAAAAGCAACUAUUUGCAUAUGUUAUCACUGUCAAAUAGUGUGUCACUGUCGAAAUAAAUAAAAGUGAAUACGUCGCA